GGCUUUGCUCUUUGUCUUCGCUUUGUCUCUGUGCGCUCUGAAGCGUUUCAAGGAUGUCAUCACCUGUGUCUCCUGCCGAGGAUGAGCUCAAAAACGCGCUCGUAGCGCUGAAGACCGCGAACCCAGCGCUGGGGAUCGCCAAAAUCCACGCUCUGUUGCUAUCCUCGCAUCCCGAAUGGACAGUGAGCGAGAAGCGCACUCGCAAAGUCCUCCAGAGCGAAAACUUGGUGAACGGGACCCAGGGCGCGCAGGGACUCUACCCAACCUCGAAGAUGAUCGAGGGUCUGGACAUCUCGAAGUGGACGAAGAAGGCGGAGGUGAAGUACUUCAGCAAGCUCAAGGGCAAGGGCCUCGUCGCGACCGGACCCCUCGCGGAGGGCGAGACGAUCUGGAAGGAGGACCCGUUUGCGCUCGCGCCAGAGUGGAAUUUGUAUGACAUGCAGAUGUCCUCGCAUGCGUGCGGGUACUGCUCAACUCCUCUCACGACGUCCCCCUUGAUCGUACCGUGCGCGGCCUCGACAUCCUCUACACCGUGUCCGGUGCGCUUCUGCAGUCGAUUGUGUCUCUCGCGCUCGGACAAAUCACACCCAUUACUAUGCGCCUCACGGAACCCCGCGUCGGCGCCGCUGCUGCACUUCGCGCGGCGCAACCAGUGGAUGGCGCUGCACGCGCUUUCGCAGUGCACGGCGCGCGUACUUCUCACCUACAACCAGGACGAGAAGGCGUUCGAAGAGGACUGGGAGGUGGUGCGCUCGUUGGCGCAGCUGGGAAUGGAGGAGCGUGCGAAGGGCGGAUGGCUGAACGGAGAGCCGGACAAAGCGAUGUGGAAGAAGGCACAUAAGCUCUUCGUGCAGGCAUUCCAAGAGCCGUCAACAGAAGCUGAGAAAAAGCGGCUGGCUAAGCUGCUCAAAAAGCCGCUUCGACAGGAUGUCGCGGACGCGCUCUUCAGUUAUGACGCGUUCCUACGCGGUCUUGGGCGAAUGAGCCUUAACCUCGAGGCGCACGGCGGACUCUACGUGUUGCACUCGCAUAUAAAUCACUCAUGCGCGCCGAACGUUUCCGUACGGCACCUAGACCAGCGCACAGCGCUCUCGCGCAUCACCUUGCUCGCGCGGCGCGACAUCGCGCCAGGGGAAGAGCUUCUCAUCACAUACGUGAAUCCGGAACUGCCACUCGAGCAGCGCCGGAGGCAGCUCAUGGAGUGGGGCUUCGGCAAGUGCAUGUGCGAGCGCUGCACAAAAGAGGAAAGCGAACGGAAGGUCACUGGCGAGGGCGACGGUGUCGAGCCUGUGGAGGACACAGCGGACUUGGAGGCAGAGCUGAAGGCGGGUCUGGGGGUGAUGUAGUUGGGUGAGAGAGGUAAGAGAAAAGAGUGUACAAGUAUCUCUCCUGUCGUAACGCUUAGGCCGAAGAGUUGGUUCUU